AUGUCUGAGGUACAGACUCGGCCUGCCGCCUCGCGCGGCAGAGCUUCUGCACGCGGUGGAAGAGGUGGUUUCGCCAGCCGGGGUGGUCGCACCUCGGGCAGACCCAAUGGCGACUCCAAGAUUGAUGCCGACGAUGCGUUUGAGGACCAAGGCGAGCUCGGCGAGCUGAAGAAGCAAUACGGAUCCAAGGCACCCCUCAUCAAGGAGCUCUUCCCCGAUUGGUCUGAGCAGGAUAUUCUCUACGCACUUCAAGAGACGGAUGGUGACGAGAAUCUCACCGUCACCCGCAUUGCUGAAGGCACCAUCUCCCAAUGGGGCGAAGUCACGAAGAAGGCUCCCCGCUCCAAGGCCAAGGACUCUACGACCGCAGCCUCGAACAUCGACUCAUCCAACGCCAGACCCACUCGUGGCGGACGCAACGUCUCAGAGGCUGGUCGCGGUCGCGGAAGAACUGCUGAUAGAGGAGGUCGCGGUGGCCGGGGCAGGGCCUCAAACACAGUAGCUACUAAUGGCUCUCGCAACAAGGAGAACGCUCAGCCGCUCUCUAUUCCCACCGAGGAGUCGAACGCAUGGGAUACCCCGAAGUUGGACGUUAAGGACGCACCCGCCGAGGAUCCCUGGGCCCCCAAGGAGAUUAUCGAGAAGCCUGCAGCUCCCGCUCCCACUCCCGCGGCCGCCGCCGCUGCCACCGACGCGCCCAAGCCCGCUGCCGCCGCUCCCAAGACGUGGGCUAGCAUGCUCCGUCAAUCCACCGUGCCCAAGGUUGCCCCGAAGCCGCCCAAGGAGGAUCCCGCGCCCAAGCCCACCGAACCCAUCGAACCCCUCCCUCCUGCCGUCCCUGCUGCCGAACCUACACCCGAACCUGAGCCCGAACCCGAGGCGCAGCCUGAGCCUGCCGCGCCCGUCGAACUCCCCGUGGAACCCGCCCAUGAAGAACCAGCUCCUGCAGAAGUACCAACCGUCAUCGAACCUGAAGUGGUUUUGCCGCCUUCCAAGGACCAACUUACUGAGACGAAUCUUGAACAGGUAGUCGACGAAUCGCAUCCUCCCGCGACUGCUACCGUCGCAAGCACCGCCGCCGAUUCCUGGGAUCCUCGCCACAACGCUGCCAGCGCCACCGCGACACCUCUGUCUGCCUCCCAGCAGCAGCACCAGCCCAUCCGUCCUGCUGUUCCCACUACUAACAGCGGCUUUGCCGCUUCCGCCAUCAAGGCUACCACCGAGAGAGGAUCCCGCACCCCGAGCUACCAGCGUCGCGUUCUUGACCAGGAGGAGGCCGUGCGCAUGCCCGGCAACCGCGAGGUUGACCGCGCUGCCGUCCAGUUCGGUGCUUUCAGCUUGAACGAGGAUGAUGACAUUGACGGUGAUCGCGAAGAGCCCGAAACCCGGACCCAGCCCCCCGCUGAUUCUCCCGUUGCUCACCCCCGAACCUCUCUUCCUCCCGCUCCUCAGCAGGCUCCUGUUCCCGAAGCCAUCGGUACCCAGAAGCCUGCACCUGGCCUGCCUCCUCCUGCUGCUGCCACUCCUACCGGUACACUUGCUUCAGCUAGCAACGUCGCCGACUUUGCUAAUGCACCCUUCUCAGGACCCGCAAGCGCUGCUCCCCAGGCUCCCGCCGCUCAGGUCCCUCAACCUGCCGCUGCUGCCACUCAGCCUUACUCCCGCUUCGGCCAGGCUGGCCCUCAGGAGCCCUCGUCCUUCCCCCAAAAGUCGAUCGAUCCUUUCACCCAGUCGAACAACCCCGCUGCCUCGCAGAGCCAGUUCGACAGCUUCUCCAACCAGCAAUCGCAGCAGAGCCAGCAACCCGGUGGAGCCUUCAGCUCUGCUCCCAGCGACUACUCCUCCUACUAUACGGCGGACCAACAAAACCGCCCCCCUUACAACUACUACAGCCAGCCUUACGGCCAACAGGGAGCUCAGGGCCACCAGGACAACCUGUCUUCCCAGCAGAGAUCUUUCGGUGGCUACAAUGCUUCGCAGGCUGAUAAUCUGAGCCAGUACCCUCAGAGCGGAGGUCUGCAAAACCAGUCCCGCUACGGUGGUGUCACGAACGAUGCCCAGAACAGCGGACACAGCACCCCGAACCCCACAGCUCAGAGCCAGCAGGCGGCCAGCCAGGCCUCGCAGCCUCAGUCUCACGGCCAACAGAGCUACCCCUACAACAACCACCCCUACUACAACAACGCUUACUACUCGAGCUACAUGGGCUACGGCAACCACUACGGCCAGCAAGGAGGAUACGGCGGUGCUCCGUACGGCGGCAACAAGGGAUACGGCCACCCCGGAUACGGCAUGUCGCCCCAGGGCCCCUACGACCACGCCUCGUCUCCUGCUGCUGGCUUCGGCCAGUCAUCCCUGCACCGCGCCGAUAGCGGUCUGAGCUCGGGACUUGGAGGUGACUUCGGCGGUCGCGCUGGUUCUGUUCAGUCUGGCAACCAGCCCGGCUUGGCCGGCAGUGGCUUUGGCGGUGUUCAGGACACCUUUGGCCGUGGCUCCUCUUCAUUCCAGAGCCCUGCUGGACAAGGAUUUAACAGCACUGCUCAGUCGAACGCUGCUUCUGCUAACGAUGAUUUGAAGCCUUUCGGCGAGAGCAAGCCUGGUGCCGGUCCCUCGCCUUCUCUCGGCGGCGCUCGCCCCGGCUCGGCCACGAACACCCCCUCGGGCCAGACUGGUCUCCCCCCGCCCCAGUCCGCUUCUCAGAUGGGCGGCUACGGCGGUUACCCCAGCCAUCUCCAGGGCCACAACCUUCACGGAAACAGCGCAUACGGCAUGGGAGGCGCUACCGGCGGCCAGCACGGCAGCGCUCCGUUCGGUUCCUACGGCCAGCAGGGCGCUUACGGCGGCAGUGGAUACUACGGCAGCGGCGGCCAGCAACAGCAGCGUGGCGGUUGGGGCGGAAACUAUCACUAG